CUGUAUAAAAGGGAAGAGCAGAGUGAAAGGUGAUGUUUGGGGGACAAGGAGAGUGAGACUUAAAGCCUGCAUAAUGACAGUGUAUGUGUCAGUGGUGAUUGUGGGUGCUGUGGUCAUGCUUACAUUGUUAUGGAUCCUGCUGAUCUACCUCCCUGGAAAAGGAGACAAAGUUACACAGGGAGAACCCAGUGGAUGUCAGUCAGCAGCUGUUGGGUCUAGACUUCUGCACUCUUUCUAUCAGUUCUUUCCCUGUUCUCUCUCUCCCUCUCUCCCUGGCCCUCUCUCUCUCCCUCUGCUGGGCAACAUGCUGGAGCUGGCACACGACCACCUGCCCAGUCACCUGACCUCCCUGGCACGUCGCUAUGGCAACAUCUACCGCCUCAAGUGUGGCAACACCAGUAAUGAAGUCACUCCCAACCAACCAUGGUGGUAUUAAACAGUGGUGACAUCAUCAGAGAAGCCUUGGUGAAGAAAUGGUCUGACUUUGCUGGGAGACCACAUUCUUACACCGGAGACGUGGUGUCAGGGGGAGGCCGCUCCAUCUCUCUGGGGGACUACAGUGAGGAGUGGAGGGCCCAUCGCCGUCUGGCCCAUAAUGCACUGCAGCGCUGCACCCAGCAGUCGCUCCACAGUGUCAUCCAGAAACAGGCCCUCCAGCUGAGACAAGUAGAGAUGAAACACAUGACAGUUCUAAACCUGUUUUCACUUUCUCAUUAUGGGGUGCUACUGGACUAUAAUGGCAGAGCUGCGGACCUCUCUGGGGAUUUCACUGUAGCAGCCAGUAACGUCAUCACCACACUGGCCUUUGGGAAAGAGUAUGAGAAGAGUUCUGCAGAGCUGCAGAGACUGCAUGGCUGUCUUAAUGAGAUCGUGUCUCUAUGGGGCUCUCCCUGGAUCUCUGCUCUGGACUCCUUCCCACUGCUCAGGAAAUUGCCCAAUCCUCCGUUCUCCCGUCUUCUGAAAGAGGUGGCCAGGAGAGAUGAAAUCAUCAAAACACAUCUGGAUGAGUACAGGAUGCAGGCACCGAGCAAAACAUCUGAGGACGCCAUUGCCAUCACAGGCGCUCUCCUCAACGGCCUUGGGAAGCCCCAGGACACAACACAGGGUGUGGUCCUGACAGACACUCACGUCCACAUGGCCACUGUGGACCUUCUGAUCGGGGGAACGGAGACAACAGCUGCCUGGCUCAGCUGGACUGUGGCCUUCCUACUGCACAGGCCUGAGGUGCAGUACAGAGUGUAUGAUGAGUUGUGUUCGGUGCUGGACGGGCGCUACCCUCAGUACAGUGACAGACACAGGCUGCCAGUGCUGUGUGCUGUGAUCAGUGAGGUGCUCAGACUCAGACCUGUGGCUCCGCUAGCCGUGCCUCACAGAGCCAUCAGAGACAGCAGUAUUGCAGGCUACUUCAUCCCUAAGAACACUGUCAUCAUCCCCAAUUUGUUUGGGGCGCAUCAUGACCCUGCAGUGUGGACAGAUCCCUAUGCCUUCAAACCAGAGCGGUUCCUGGAGGGUGGGGGGGCCUCCACGCGUGCUCUCCUGCCUUUCGGAGGGGGCGCUCGGCUGUGUUUGGGGGAGGCCGUGGCCAAAAUGGAAUUGUUUCUGUUCACCGCCUACUUGUUGUGUGAUUUCCAGUUCGUACCUGCUGAAAGCCGGGCCUCUCUGCCAGACCUGACAGGAGUAGCCAGUGUGGUACUCAAAGCCAAGGCCUACACAGUCAUAGCAUGGCCCAGACCAGGGCCUUGACCUCUCCGAGUUUGUUCAUGUACAGUGAUCACAUUAUAUUUGUAUCAAUCAUUAGGCUCUAGAGGAAGUAUCCCUGUGAGAGAAGGCAUAUAUUGUAUAGUAUUGUGCAGUAAUGGUGAAGGAAUUGGAAUGUAUAGAAUAAUAUUUUCCAUUUCUAAUAAAUACUUCCUCUUUUAACAACGAA